AUGGCCCGCGGCAACCAGCGCGACAAGGCACGCGAGAAGGCGGCCAAGCUCAAGGCCGAUGCCACCAAGGGUCAGCGCAAGGACGACGGCAAGAGUUUCCGACAGCGCCAGGAGGACGACGCCGAGAAGAUGCGCCAGAAGCAGGCCGCCGCGCUCGCCAAGAAGGAGGCUGACGCCAAGGCCAAGUGA